AUGGCAAUGCGAGUACUGAUCAUUUUUCUAGGCUUGCUGAUAUGCCAGUCCUCUGUCGCAUCUGGAGACAAGGGCACCGCAACUUUUUACACACCUCCUUACCUCCCAUCUGCAUGCAACGGAUUCAAAGAGGAUGGAGUUAUGAUCGCAGCAGCAAGCGAAGCUAUAUGGGACGACAAGGGCGCAUGUGGAAGAAGGUAUAAGGUCAGAUGCACCGGCGCCACCAACCAAGGUGAUGCCAACCCAUGCAGAGGUGGCUCCAUCGUCGUCAAAAUCGUCGACCUUUGUCCUGCUGCUGGUUGCCAGGGAACCAUUGAUCUCUCUCAAGAAGCUUUCGCUAUGAUCGCUGAUCCUGACGCAGGCAAAAUAAACAUCAAGUACAUUCAGGUUUGA